AUGAGCAGUGAUCUUCGAAGACAUCACAAAGAAGAUCCUGCAGACUCAUCUUCAAGUGUUGAGAGCAAUAAUGCCGUGAGAGGUCAGCGUGCUCGUUUGGACCAGGCAUCCAGGCGAGACAGGACAGGAGCAAAAAGGAAUAUUCUUGGCUCAACAAUCAAACAUCUGCUUCUCUGGAACCUAGAGAUCUUCAAUUUGAUGGUUCGACUGAUGAAGAAACCAAUGUACGUCUUAGACCUUCACCGACCUCUUCAUCGAUGCAAUCGCGCCAGUCUGUCACUUGCCGGGUUUAUUCGGAACGAACCAGUGCGAACAGCUACUCGGGCGAGCAGUCUAGGGGCCCAUCUCGGCAUGGAGAUGAAAAGGUCCGAAUCAGCUGUGCGAGAUUUGAGUGCAGUUGUCGGUGCUUCUGAUCUCAAGUCCAAGAAAGAGCUCGAAUCAUCUUUGAACGAACUUGCCUCUUCAAUGAAGCAAGCGGUCCCACUCUUGAGCAAAAUGGAGGCGGCAAUGGACGGCACAGUCGACUA